GUUGUGAUAUGUGAUAAAGAGUGUGUUAUAAAUAUAAAAUGUUCCGUUAUAUCAUAGUUUUGGCGUUUUUUGCCUCACCACCGGUUUUGACAGCGGUUUACCCCGACCAGAUUAACUUUUGCAGUAAGAAUGAAUUUUCGUGCACGGACGGCGCAUGCGUGAGUCUCGACCGGCGCUGCGACGGCGCGCGCGACUGCGCCGAUGGCAGCGACGAAUACACGUGCGCGCUCAGCUCAAAUCAAUUAGAUCUUCAGGAUCUUGUGCUGCAUCGACACAGGCGGCAGUCCGGGUGUCGCAAAAACCAGUGGCGUUGCCGCGACGGAACCUGCAUCCCUUUCGACGGGAAAUGCGACGGCGUGGUCGACUGCCCUGACGCGAGCGACGAAACGCACGCCCUCUGUCGGAAUAUGCGAUGCCAGUCAAACCUGUUCCGCUGCUCGUACGGCGCGUGCGUGGACGGCACGGCGCCGUGCAGCGGUGCGCAGGAGUGCGCCGACGGAUCCGACGAGCUGCUGCCGCGCUGCAGGAACGAGACGCAAGUUGUCAAAGGCAAAUUCAACUGCAAGAACGGUGAGAAGAUAUCGUCCACAGACCUGUGCGACGGCGUGAAGAACUGCGCAGACGGAUCCGACGAGACGCUGGAGUCGUGCGCGGGGCGACGCUGCGCGCCGUAUCUGUUCCAGUGCGCGUACGGCGCUUGCGUCGACGCUGACGCUGAAUGUAAUGAGGACGGCACCCUACAUUGCGCCGACGGCUCGGACGAGGCAGCCGAGCUCUGUAACAGAACGACCACAACCUCCAACACGGCAUCUAAAUGCGUGUUACCCGACUACCCGGAGCACGGCACGUACACCGUGGCGGGGCGCGCGGCGCGCCCCGGGCUGGUGUUCGACUCGGUGACGCUGAGCGUGACGUGCGAGGCGCCCUACCGCCCCGACGGCCCGGCGCAGUCGCACUGCGCUAACGGACAGUGGUACGCUCCUGUACCGGAAUGCAAACGCUUCUGCAAGCUAACCCAACUUCCCAGCGUGACGUAUUCCUGCAAAAUCACCGACGCCAACAUCCUGAGCGGCGACAGAAUAUGCAACGAAUAUGAACCAAGUGGCACCGAAGUUCACCCACAUUGCAACGACAACUACUACCACAACGGCGUCCUCAGCUACAUGUACUGCAUCGACGGAUCCUGGGACCAUGUGGCUACCUGCGAACCAGAAUGUGGAACCCUGACGCCGAAAGGCGAGCAGUUGAUAAUCAACGGCGUGAACGCGGAGCGUGGUGAACUGCCGUGGCACGCCGGCAUAUACGACAAGAGGUUCACACCCUUCAUGCAGAUCUGUGGGGGAUCCCUGGCUUCAACUACAGUUGUUAUAUCUGCGGCACAUUGCUUCUGGAACGACGUGGAACGCGUGCUGCCCGCGAAGUAUUUCGCGGUGGGCGUGGGCAAGCUGUACCGCCCGUGGAGCAUUGAGGAGGGCGGGCAGAAAUCAGACGUGAGCGACAUAAAGGUGCCGCCCCGGUUUUCUGGUGCGGCCAGCAACUUCCAAGACGACAUCGCGCUGAUCAUCCUGGUGACACCAGUCGUGCUGGCCAACUAUAUACGUCCCGUCUGCGUCGACUUUAGCGUGCUGUUUGAUGAACGGCAGCUUAAACCUGGGAAUAUUGGCAAGGUGGCCGGCUGGGGCUUGACCUCAGAAGACGGCAACGCAUCCCAAGUUCUCAAGGUGUCGGAGCUGCCAUACGUUGAUGUGGAGCAGUGCAUCGCUGAUCUGCCUUUCGACUUCCGCAGCUACAUUACCAGCGACAAAAUAUGCGCGGGCACUAAGACUGGCACGGCGCUCUGCAAAGGCGACAGCGGCGGUGGGCUAGUAUUCCCCGAAGUUGAACGGAGCGUGCAACGCUGGUAUCUCCGAGGAGUAGUUUCCACUGCCCCUAGCAACGGUCACAAAUGCAAUGCUAACUCUUAUACCAGCUUCACGCAGCUGCUCAAGCAUGACGACUUUGUUAGGAAGCAUCUUAAUAACAAGAGAUGAGG